CUCGAGCGUUGAACACAACAGUCGCGAGUAAUAAUAUCUUGUGAAUUAAACAAAAGCUUUUUUUUUGUGUGACAGAAAAAAUAAAAGAAAAUUUUUUGAAGCGAAUAAUUUCAAGUGCCAGUCGCGAUUCGUGAUGACUUUGUAGUUAACUUGUGACUGAAAAAUUCAAACCAUUUAAAAAAAAUUGAUUGCCUGUCAGUCAAUUAUUAUUUUUAAGUUUCUACUUAUCUUGUCAGCUUUAAGAUUAACGACUCCCUGUUGAGAGUUCCUUAUUUAAGAGUUAAGGUUUAAAAUUAGUUUCAAGUGUCAAUAAAUUUUGAGUUUUUAUCGCUUUUGGAGGUUUUUUUUUCAUCUUUUUUGAGAUAAAAGAAUACAAAAAAUUGGUUAAAAAUACAUUUUUGUGAGGCUCGAUUGCUCAGUCACUGUCAGUCGUGAAGUUGAAAGGUGUAAAAUAAGAAUUAUAAAAUAAAAAUGGGCAGAGACGAGCUGGAUAAUAAAGGUCCAUCAGUGAUAUACAACAAUUCCGCAAUAAUGCAGUCGGUGGAGAAUGAAGAGGUAAUUGAAACAAGACCAUUCUGGCUGAAAAGAAGAUAUCUUGUCGUUUUGAUGGCAUUCUUUGGAUUCUUCAAUGUCUAUUCACUUCGUGUCAACUUGAGUGUCGCAAUUGUUUCAAUGACAGAGAUUAAAAACAUAACAUUAAGCGAUGGCACUACGAUACAAGAACAGGCAUUUGACUGGAAUUCAACACAAAAAGGACUGGUUCUUAGUUCAUUCUUCUAUGGAUACAUUACAACACAACUUAUUGGUGGCAUUAUAGCUGCUAAAAUUGGAGGCAACAGAAUUUUUGGAAUCGGUAUUGGAAUGACAGCAAUUUUGACACUUUUAACGCCAUUGGCUGCAAAAUCUGGUCUUUAUGUGCUGUUAGCUGUUCGUAUAAUUGAGGGAGUUUUUGAGGGUGUGACAUUCCCUUCCAUCCAUUCAGUAUGGGCAAGAUGGGCGCCACCACUUGAGCGAAGUCGUAUGGCAAGUAUUGCAUAUGCUGGAAAUUAUGCUGGAACUGUGAUCGCUAUGCCUGCUUCUGGAUUACUUGCUGCUGCUUAUGGAUGGGAAUCAGUAUUUUAUGUGUUUGGUGGUAUUGGUGUUGCAUGGCUCAUCUUAUGGCUGAUAAUUGUACGAAAAUGUCCAGAAGACGAUAGAUUUAUUAAAGAAGAAGAGAAGCGAUACAUUGUAAGCAAGCUUGGAACUGCACAUCAUAGUCAAACCAAACAUAUUAGUCCACCAUGGAAGGCUUUCUUUACAUCAGCUCCUGUAUGGGCUAUUGUUGCUAGUCACUGUGCUGAAAAUUGGGGAUUUUAUACUUUAUUGACGCAAUUGCCAACAUUCUUGAGUGAUGUUUUUGACUUCCAUUUAGAAAAGACUGGAUUUUUAUCAGCUGUUCCAUACCUCACAAUGGGUCUUCUCCUAUUCGUAUCGGGUUAUUUAGCUGAUUGGACUCAAGUUAAAGGAUAUCUUACAACGACACAAGUCCGUCGUUAUUUCAAUUGUACAGCUUUCCUCGCUCAAACAGUUUUCAUGCUUCUCGCUGCAUUCCUCUUACAUCCAGUCACAAGUAUUGUUUGUAUUACAAUUGCUGUCGGUAUUGGAGCAUUCGCAUGGAGUGGAUUUGCCGUAAAUCACCUUGACAUUGCGCCACAAUAUGCAUCAAUAUUGAUGGGAAUAUCAAAUACAUUUGCCACGAUACCGGGAAUCGUGAGUCCUUUCCUGACUGGAUGGAUUACAAAAGAUGGAACUGUUGAGAAAUGGAAGAUUGUAUUCUACAUUAGUGCUGGCAUAUAUCUCUUUGGAUGCAUUAUCUAUUGGUUCUUUGCAUCAGGAGAGGUUCAACCAUGGGCAAAAGUUCACGAGCAGUCAACAGAAGAGAAUAAUAAGAAAGAUGUCGAGAAAAAUAACAAACCACCACCUUACGCUUAUACAAAUGAAGGAAUUGAACUUAAGGAUGAAUAGCGAUUUUGUAAUUUUAAUGAAUUCAAUUAUCUUAAGGAUUCACAACGUAAUAAUAAUAAAUAUAAUGAUAAUGAUGAUUACAUUAAAAUGUAUUUUAACAUUCAUAAAUGUGAUUAAAUGUUUUAUAAUGUGUGAGAGAUUCCUUAUUAAGGAUGAAGAUGUUAGAAGAUAUAAGUUGAUAAUUUAAUUAUCGUUAAACGAGAAAAAAAGUAUUUUUAGAAUUUUUUGUUAUUAAUCUUAUGUUGAACUUAUUUUUAUUU